GAACAAACACCACAAAACCUGGUUUAAUAUCAAACAUUGAUACCCACCCCAAAAAAAAACAGCAACAGAGAAGUUAGGCUUAACACAACAAAUGGGUUCUCUGAAAAAGAACGGUGGUGCGAUUUUGUCGAGGAUAGCGACCAACGAUCACCACGGUGAAAAUUCAGAGUAUUUUGAUGGAUGGAAAUCUUACGACAAAGACCCUUUUCAUCAUUCUCGUAACCCCUGUGGGAUAAUCCAAAUGGGUCUUGCAGAGAAUCAGCUUUGCUUAGAAUUGAUUGAAGGUUGGAUCAAAGAUAACCCAAAAGCUUCUAUUUGUACCCCUGAGGGUGUUGGUCAGUUUGGCGACAUCGCGAUUUUCCAAGACUAUCAUGGUCUAAAAGAGUUUAGACAGGCAAUUGCACAUUUCAUGGGAAAAGCUAGAGGUGGAAGAGUGACGUUUGAUCCGGAGAGGAUAGUUAUGAGCGGCGGUGCCACCGGAGCCAAUGAAACAAUUAUGUUCUGCCUCGCCGAUCCCGGCGAUGUUUUUCUUGUGCCCUCCCCUUAUUAUGCCGCAUUUGAUAGAGACUUGAGGUGGCGUACAGGUGUCGAGAUAAUCCCGGUUCAUUGCUACAGCUCCAACAGUUUCAAAUUAACCGUGGAGGCCGUCGAAUGGGCCUAUAAGAAAGCCCAAGAGUCCAACAAAAAAGUCAAAGGUCUAAUUUUGACCAACCCAUCAAAUCCGCUUGGUACAAUGUUAGACAAGGACACACUCAAGAACUUAGUCCGGUUCGUCACGAGGAAGAACAUUCACUUAGUCGUCGACGAGAUCUACGCUGGCACGGUUUUCGCCGGAGAAAACUUUGUGAGCGUCGCCGAGGUGGUCAACAAUGUGGACAGUUAUGAAGUCAACGUUGACUUGAUUCAUAUUGUCUAUAGUCUCUCUAAAGACAUGGGACUUCCAGGUUUCAGGGUUGGUAUAAUUUAUUCUUACAAUGAUUUGGUUGUGUCAUGCGCAAGAAAAAUGUCAAGUUUUGGACUAGUGUCAUCUCAGACACAGCUGAUGCUUGCUUCAAUGUUAUCGGAUGAUCGGUUCGUGGAGAUUUUCCUUACAGAAAACUCGAGAAGAUUAAAGAUAAGGCAUGAAGAUUAUACUUCAGGACUCAAAAAAGCAGGGAUAACUUGCUUGACAAGCAACGCAGGUCUGUUCGUGUGGAUGGAUCUGAGACAUCUACUAAGAGAUCGUAACUCGUUCGAAUCUGAGAUCGAGCUUUGGCAUAUAAUCAUCGACAAAGUGAAGCUUAAUGUUUCGCCAGGCUCUUCAUUCCAUUGCACGGAACCUGGAUGGUUUAGGGCUUGCUUUGCCAACAUGGAUGAUGAUACUCUCCAUGCGGCGCUUCGACGAAUCCAAGCUUUCGUGUCCAAAAAUCACAAAAUCGUUGAGAAUUCAUCGGAUAGUGAUCAGAUCGUUCAGAGUAACAAUGUUAAGAAGCAGAAAUGGAAGCAGAGUAAUCUCCGGCUAAGUUUCCGACGACUUUACGAAGAUGGACUCUCGUCGCCGGGGAUAAUGUCGCCACGUUCUCCUCUCCUCCGAACAUGAAACUACAAGGCAAUGGCGCUUGCAAAAUUGGAUUAACUCAUCCUCGUUUCAUCCCAAGUGUUAUUAAUCUUUACUUACUAAGCGGAUAUUUUAUUUUUAUUUUAAAGAUUGGCAUAAUUCAAUUUCAACAUAUUAUGGUUGUUUUUGACGACCAGCUUUUUCUAAGGUCAAACGGUAACUUUUAAGAUUUGUGUGUUUGAUUUUUGUUUUUUUUUUCCACUAAGGAUUUUAUCGAUGGAUUAUCCUAGUGGGGGCUGGUCCGUAGUAUUUUAUCCUUUUCAAAGGGUUUCUUUAUUUUUUAUGUGUAAUAAAUGAAACAUUAUCUUUAAUAAUUUAUACUUGGAUCUUUUAUAA